AUGACUCUCCUUGCUCGUGUGUAUGUUGUGAGACACGGAGAAACAGACUCAAAUCGCAACAGAAUAAUUCAGGGUCAGCUGGAUACAGAGCUCAAUGCCACUGGUCUUGCACAAGCUGCGAUAACUGCAGAGGCGCUCAAAUCUGUCUCAUUCGACAAAGCUUUCACGAGUGAUCUCCAGCGAGCUUCUAGGACUGCCGAGAGGAUUCUCCAGUACCACACUGGCACCGAGUUGGUCAAAGACAGCGCGUUGCGAGAAAGGUUUAUGGGCGAAUUGCAAGGCAAGAAGGGCCCAAUCGACAUGGAAGGAAGGAGUGAGUUGUCCUCGAUAGAGACAGACGAAGCUCUUGUUGAGCGUUGCAUCACUUGGUAUAAUCGGGUGAUAAUACCGCACAUCUCCGUCGCCAAACCUGACGUCUUAGGGGGCCAAUGUCGGAACCUACUCGUUCUAUCACAUGGAGCGUUCAUAGCUACGCUCUUCAGCAUCAUGAUCUACAGCAACCAUGUUACUCAUCCUGCAGAGUUCAAGCUUAGAGGCCUUCCUUCAUUAGGCAAUACAAGUAUAUCCGUUGUAGAAUACAGGAUAGUUCAAAGAGGGAAGCAUAGAGAGGUGGAAGCUAACAUAUUAAAGUACGGGGACAUUUCCCACUUGCGUGGACUGCGUGUAAUGGAAGAAAAUGCUGAUGUAGAAAUCUAUCAAUCAUAG